AUGGACCGUAAACAUGAGCCAUCAGCAGAUCCAACAUUAAUUCACCCGUUUCCCACCCGAGGCAGAAGUGAAGUUUGUUUAUGUUUAGGCCGUCUUGGUGCUGCCGGUGGCAUUGGCCAGCCUCUGUCUCUGCUGCUCAAGCUCAACACCCGCGUUACCGAGCUUGCUCUGUACGAUAUCCGCGGCGGACCCGGUGUUGCUGCCGACAUCUCCCACGUCAACACAAAGUCCCUCGUCAAGGGCUAUGAUGCCACCCCCAGCGGCCUCGUAUUUAGCAGCAGAUGUGGAAACAAUCGACCUCCGGGGGUAGAAGUGGGAGGAACAUCUAUUACCAAAUGGCCCCCCUCUGAGAGACUAGACUGA